UUAUGUUCAACCAACCAACCAAUCAACUCAUCAACCAAUCAUCAUUAAUCAGCCUUCAACUUUUUCUUCAGUGCAACCAUCAACCAUCAACCAUCAACAAUCAACAAUCAACAAUCAACCUCAUCACCAACCACCAAAUCACUAAGUUACUUACUCUGUAUUGACCAGACACUGCAAAUAAUAAUCUGCAUUGAGAGAGGAGUCUGAGAACUAAUUAGUGAGAUCUGAUUUCAAACCCCCCCCUCUUUCUGGCCUCCUCUUUCAUCACUUUCUUUGGUAGAAGAGUGGGCUCUGAAACUGAAACUGAUGCUCUCAUUCAACACAGUCAGUUCAACACUACAAAUAUCAUUUCAUUCUCUUGUGUCUCUGAUUGAAAACAAAAUCCUGAACAGACGGCACCUACUGGCUUCAGCUCUCAUCUAUCUCCAUCCAUUCUUUCUUCUCAUCUAUCUGAGCUCUACCAUCUAUCCCCUUCUAUUCUUCUAAUUCUCAUCUCAUUUGCAUUUGUUAUAAUUAAUUAUAUAUACAUCUACACGCUCGAUUAUAUAUUAUAUAUCAUGCCAACUCUACCAUCCCGCCCCGACGAGGAGCCGCAGCAGCGGGGUCCCUGGUCUAGCUCUCCUGCUCCUGCCCCUGAGAAUAUCAGCAGCAACGAAAAUAAUAAUAAUAAUAAUAAUAAUAAUAAUGAUGAUGAUACCCAGAAGGAGAUACCCAAGGAGACACCGCAACCAACAACAUCAACAAUGACCCCUCAUUACCAGAAAAAGGAUGACUGGCCACCCGAACGGCUGGCCAAUCUGUACAUGCUGCGCCUGCAGAACUCGAAGAUGAACUGGGAUGAAUUUCAGGAUACAUUCUACCCGAACUAUCAUACUCAAGUGAGGUUCAAGUUCUAUGAAGCACGAAACCUUGCGGCUAAAAAUGCAUUGGUAAUUAUUAUUACUUCUUUCUCUAUCAAGAUAUGAAAAAACAAAAUAUCUCUCCCGCCCAUCUUCCAAACAACAUGCAGCCCCGGAGCCGCAAGCCCGGACAUACACGUGAGAAGUUCUACGGUGAAAGCGAAGUGGAUGACUCCGACACUGAUAGUGAGGGUGGUGAUAUCAUGUAUCAGACUGAGAAUACCUCUGCAGGCCCUGAUAUCGCUAGCGCAUCACACACCCUAGCCAGCAAGCCGAAACCAAAACCGAAACCUACGUCAACCCCAUCAGGACGCAGAGGCGCGGGGCCCACACCUGUUUCCACAGGGACCAGAUCAGGGGCACGCCCAGCCAAGCGCCCGCGCAUUAGCACGUCAUCGCGCCCUGCCACGCCGUCUACACCCGCAUAUCCCACCACUACUACCACCAUAACCACCGUUAACCGUACUCGUAAACCCGCCUCUACGCCAUCGCACACCCACCCACAUGCACAGGCACAUACCCACCCAUCAUCAACAACUCCAGCACCAGCGCCAACCUCAGCGCCGGCCACAGCUACAGUUACAGCACCAACCUCCACCAGCGAAUUCGGCUCCAAGAUCCGCUUCGACCGCCUCAACCUCACCGACUGGACUUACAUCUACCACCUCGCCAAGGCCUGUCCGGCCGAGCGCGAGCGGGCCGAUGCCCUCUCUCUUCGCGACAGGGAGCAGUUGCGGACCAUUGCGGAGAUGCGCAAUCGGAUGGUGGAGAUGGAGGCGGAGAUGGAGGAGAUGAGGCGGCGGAUGGAGGAGAGGGAGGCAGAGGCUGCGGCUGCGGCUGCGGCUGCGGUGGAGGUGGGUGUGGGUGUGGGUGUGGGUGUGCAGGGAGUUGAGAAGCAGGAGCACGAGCACGAGCACGAGCAGGAGCAGGAGCAGGACGGAACCGGGCAGGCGGAUCCAACCUCACCAUUAUCAUCCCUCCUAGGAACCCACCAUGGCGAUGAUGGUGAUGGGGAAGGUCCUACCGCUACACCACCAUCACCAUCAACAAUAGCAGCAGCAGCAACGCAAGUCUCCACGGCGCUCAAGACGCGCACGGUAGAGCUGGCGACGCUAUUCGACGGGCUGUGGAAGGCGAGUUUGAAAUUCAUCCCGCCGUUUCAGCUGGAGGAGAUGGGGAUGCAGAGGGAGUGUGAGGCCGUGGUGGGGAAGAUUGGCGAGAUUGAGGGGGUUGCGGAGGAGUUGGGGAGGGUGGGGAGGGGGAUGCAGAUGCAGAUGCAGAUGCAGAUGCAGGUGCAGGUGCAGGUGCAUGGGAAUGGGAAUGGGAAUGGGAAUGGAGAUGGAGAUGGAGAUGGAGAUGGAGAUGGAGAUGGAGAUGGAGAUGGAGAUGGAGAUGGACGUUGGGAUGGGGAAGGGGGUGAAGGUGUUGCUGGUGGUGACGAUGGUGGUGAUGUUGGUAGUGGGAUGAGGAUUUCGUUUGCAGUUGAAGGAUGA